AUGACAGUCCAUCAAUACAGCAAUCCCAUUCUUCCAGGGUUCUACCCCGAUCCGUCAUGCAUUUUAGUUGAUGGUACCUUUUAUAUGGUGCACUCGAGCUUUCACUUCUUCCCCGGAUUACCCAUUCACAAGUCAAAAGAUCUAAUCAAUUGGGAGCAUAUUGGUACAUCCAUCCUUGUCAUACAGCAGAACGAAAAGUUAACAAGAGAUCCAGGGAACGUCAUCUGCCGACCGGAGCAAAUCCGACUCUACUGGGCCACUACCAAGAUCAACAACGCAGCAAAAAACGAGGUGUUCACCGGAGGCCUAUAUGCGCCUACUAUUCGCUAUAACGAUGGCCGUUUCUAUGUAGUGUGCACAUCCUUAAAGGGCACAAUCAACAUGCCGCCUGAUCUGGACUUUGCACCGGAGAAUUUCAUCAUCACGGCCACUGAUCUCGAGGAUCCCACCUCAUUCAGCGACCCCGUCUACUUCGACUUCCACGGGAUUGAUCCAAGUUUGUUCUUUGACGAGGAUGGCCGAGUGUAUCUACAAGGCAGCUGGAUCCACGGGUACCGCAAGACUCCAGCAACGGUUAUACGACAAGCGGAAAUCGACCUGAGCACUGGUCAGUUGCUCUCUCCGGCAUCGGAUAUUUGGUCUGGACACACCGGAAAGGUCCCCGAAGGCCCACAUAUCUACAAGAAAGACGGAUACUAUUAUCUCUUAAUUGCAGAAGGAGGGACCCACCGUGGGCACAAGAUCACUAUGAGCCGUUCAAAGAGCAUCUGGGGACCGUUUGAGUCCUUUGAGGGUAAUCCAGUUUUGACUGCGGAUGCUACUCAGGCAUGUAUCCAAUGUGCUGGACAUGCUGAGCUUUUCCAGGAUGCUCUUGGCUACUGGUGGGCUGUUAUGCUCGCGCGACGAGAGUACGGCGCGAGCUUCCCGCUCGGCAGAGAGACUUACUUGACGCCCGUGGAGUGGCCGGAGGGUGAAUUUCCUAAUUUUGCACCUGUGAAGCUUGAGCAAGAGUUAAAUCGGCCUGUGGCCGAAAAGGUGGUGCAAACCUCCUUCACACCUGUCUCGCUCGAUUCCCCGUCGACCAUUUAUUUGAGAUCUCCAGAUCUGGAUCAUUACGCCCAGAGUGGGAUUGCAGUUUUCCUCACUCCCACGAAAUCUAAACUCGAAGCACCAUCUGGAACCAUGACCUUCGUGGGACAAAGACAGACAUCUUUGAACUCGAUCGCCCAAGCGAUUCUCCCUGUGAAUGAUAUUGUAACAGGGAAUAUUUACUAUGGUCUGACUGUAUACAAGGACCCUUUCAGAUUUGUUGCGAUGGAAUACAGCAAUCAGGAUCGAUGCCUGUGCGUGAAAGUGCAAGAGACGGGCAAGCCUAUGAUGACCCUUUCUUGUCUCGCUAUUCGGGAGACAUCCUCACUACAGCUGUCCAUCGAGUCGUCUACUCAAAGCUAUUCCUUCCAGUGCCUUCAGACGCACAAAAGUGGAAAGACGGAACAUUUCAAGCUAGGUGAGGUCCCUAGCUCUGCUCUUAGUGGAGACGACUUUACAGGCACUGUCUACGCCAUAUAUGCUUCAGGUGACGGUGCUCCUGUUAAGUUCGAGAAUUUCCAGAUUCGGAACUAG